CAUUUUCACUUACUAAUAUUUCUUGCGAAUCAAAGCAAAUUAUGGGCUCCCUUAAAUUUUCCAUCUCUUUGGACCCAUUUGAUUCAAAGAAGCUGAAUUCUUCUCCAAUAUCUAGCUAUUUUCAUCUGGGUUGUAGAGCUUGUAUAGUCAAUUCUCUGAAUAGGGUCAGUAACAUUAAGGCCAAUCCCAUCAAUGAUGAAAUCACUUUGUCUUUAAACAGUGACUUAGUUAGUGAGACUAUUAUUCAGCAGAAACCGAAUAAGUUUCGUGGUUCUAAGAAAGAGGCUAAAAGAUUUCUGGGUUCUAAAGUUGGUAUGAAAAAGAAUAGAUGGGAAAGGGAAUUGGAGAAUUUGUUUGUGAAUGAUGGAGAAAUAGACGUUAACUACUCUGUUAUUAGGUCUGACUUGAGCUUAGAGCAGUGUAAUUCUGUUUUGAAGCGGCUAGAGAGUUGCAGUGAUAGCAAAACUUUGAGAUUCUUUGAGUGGAUGAGAAGCCAUGGGAAAUUAGAGGGCAAUAUAAGUGCUUAUAAUUUGGUUUUUCGGGUUUUGAGUAGAAAAGAGGAUUGGGGUACAGCUGAGAAGAUGAUUUGGGAGCUGAAAAAUGAGUUGGGUUGCGAAAUGGGUUACCAGGUUUUCAACACUCUUAUUUACGCGUGUUCUAAACUCGGGCGUGUUGAGUUAGGAGCUAAGUGGUUUAGAAUGAUGCUAGAGCAUGGUGUUAGGCCAAACGUUGCGACGUUCGGUAUGCUCAUGGGGCUUUACCAGAAGAGCUGGAAUGUCGAGGAGGCCGAGUUUACCUUUACUCGAAUGAGGGAUUUGGGGACCGUGUGUCAAUCUGCCUACUCGGCAUUGAUCACUAUUUAUACUCGUUUGAACUUGUAUGAAAAGGCUGAAGAGGUUAUUGGCUUCAUGAGAGAAGAUGAGGUGAUACCCAACUUGGAUAAUUGCUUGGUAAUGCUUAAUGCUUAUAGUCAACAGGGGAAACUAGAGGAUGCUGAAAUGGUUUUGGCCUCAAUGCAAAAGUCCGGGUUUCCACCCAACAUUGUUGCAUACAACACGUUGAUAACUGGGUAUGGAAAAGCGUCGAAAAUGGAUGCUGCUCAAAGGUUAUUUACGUGUAUCAGGAAUGUUGGAUUAGAGCCCAAUGAGACAACUUACCGUUCGAUGAUUGAAGGUUGGGGUCGAGCUGACAACUACAAGGAGACAAUAUGGUACUAUCAAAAGCUCAAAAAGUUAGGUUACAAGCCUAACUCGUCUAAUCUCUACACACUGAUAAACUUGCAAGCCAAAUAUGGGGAUGAGGACGGCGCUGUAAGAACUCUUGAAGAUAUGCUGAAUAUUGGAUGCCAAUAUCCCUCCAUCAUUGGCAUUCUUCUGCAGGCAUAUGAGAGGGCUGGAAGGAUUGAAAAAGUACCUUUACUUUUGAAAGGUUCUCUCUAUCAACACGUUCUUCUUAAUCAAACUUCAUGUUCCAUUGUUGUUAUGGCCUAUGUGAAGCAAAGGCUAGUGGAGGAAGCUAUCAAAGUGUUGAGGGACAAAGUAUGGAAGGACCUAGGCUUUGAGGAUAACUUGUAUCAUUUGUUAAUCUGCUCAUGUAAAGAGUUGGGUCAUCUUGAAAGUGCUGUUAAAUUAUACACUCAUAUGCCUAAGCAUUUUGACAAGCCAAAUAUGCACAUCAUGUGCACGAUGAUUGACAUUUACUGUGUUAUGGGUCAGUUUGAAGAAGCAGAAAAACUUUAUUUGGAGUUGAAAUCUUCUGGAAUUGUGUUGGACAUGAUUGGCUACAGCAUUGUUCUAAGGAUGUAUGUAAAAUCUGGAUCUUUGACUAAUGCUUGCGAUGUUCUAGAUGCAAUGGACAAACAGAAAGGCAUUACUCCGGACAUCCAUCUGUUUCGUGAUAUGCUCCGUGUUUAUCAGCGGUGUGACAAGCAAGACAAGUUAACAGAUUUGUACUACAAAAUUUUGAAGAGUGGAGUGCCUUGGGAUCAGGAAAUGUAUAACUGCGUAAUAAACUGUUGUUCUCGAGCCUUGCCAGUUGAUGAGAUUUCGAGGAUUUUUGAUGAGAUGCUUCAACGUGGUUUUAUUCCCAACACCAUUACAUUGAAUGUUCUGCUUGAUCUCUAUGGGAAAGCCAAGCUUUUCAAGAAGGCCAUGAAGUUGUUCUGGAUGGCCGAAAAGUGGGGCUUAGUUGAUGUGAUUUCUUACAACACUCUGAUAGCUGCUUAUGGGAGGAAUAAAGAUUUGACAAAAAUGUCAUCGGCGUUUAAAUUGAUGCAAUUUAAAGGAUUUUCAGUUUCCCUUGAGGCAUAUAACUCUAUGUUGGAUGCUUAUGGGAAGGAAAGACAGAUGGAGAGUUUUAGAAGUGUGUUGCACAAAAUGAAAGAAUCAAACUGUGCUUCUGACCAUUACACAUACAACAUUAUGAUCAAUAUAUAUGGAGAACAAGGAUGGAUCGAUGAAGUUGCUGAAGUUCUUAAAGAUUUGAAAGAAUGUGGAUUCAGGCCUGAUCUGUACAGCUAUAACACGCUAAUUAAGGCGUAUGGAAUUGCGGGGAUGGUAGAAGAUGCCGUAGGCUUAGUCAAGGAAAUGAGGGAGAAUGGCAUAGAACCUGAUAAAGUAACUUAUGUCAAUCUGAUCACUGCUAUGAAAAGAAAUGAUGAGUUUCUUGAGGCUGUUAAGUGGUCCUUAUGGAUGAAGCAAAUGGGAUUAUAAAGCUUUCAAAACCGAGGCUGAAUCGUUCUGCUAAUUCCUUCAAGCAGACUUUGCUUCAAAGAUCUGUAAAAUGGGCACAGAACUACAGGUGUUCUGACUACUCAAGGACACACGCAAUACUCGGAAAACAGUGUCGAGAAGGAAAGAGCAUUAUCAGAAGUCAUCUGGUGAAAGUCUGAGAGAAGAGGUCUUGUUUGUUGAAAGGGAUACAGAUUGCAAGCCAUUUAGAAGCAUAGAUAUUUCCAUUCAAGAACUCAAAGACUUCACCUUCUAAGUUUACAAAUCACCAGUAAGUGAAAUGAGGAAAAAAAAAAUGCAUUCCCACUAAAAUGUGGUUGUGUAGGACCAAGUCCUAUCAUGAAGGGUUGCGCUAGAAAUCUCCACUUUUAUUAGGGUAUGUUCUAUUGAUUACUCUUGUAAAGCAAAUGAUUGUAGAACCACAUCUAAUGUUACUCAUAAUUGAAUAGUUCAAAUCUUU